GAACAACCUUACAACAACGCAGGAAUUGAAGAACCGAAAGUGUCCGAGUUCCGUUGUCCAAAUCACGUAAAUUUCAAACACCCUCGCCCAUCCCUAAACCAGCGCUUCUCAUCUCUCCUUUCUCUCCAGACCAAAUUCUGCAAAUAAUUCUCAAACACUGUUCAUCAAUGGCGUUUACUGGUUUCUCCUUUUCCAAUUCUACUUCAUCAUCAUUAUCUUCUUCUUCUAGUUUUACUCUGUCAAACCCUAGUUCAUCUUCCCCCUUUUCAUUCGCUCCCUCUGCCUCUUCGGCUUCUUCUGCUCCCUCUUUCGGUUUCGGCGCCACCUCUUCUCCCUCGCCUACAUCCUUUGGCUUCGGAGCUACCUCUUCAGCCUCGAGCACAUCCUUCGGCUUCGGCGUCACUCCUUCUUCAUCGGCUUCGACAUCCUUGGGCUUCGGUUUGGGAUCCUCUGCUCCGACUUCCACCUUUACUUCAUCGCCAUUUACUACUUCUGCUUCAAAUGUAUUCGGAUCUUCUCCCCUUGCUGCCUCAAAUCUAUUCGGAUCGACUACUACUUCUACUACUACUAACUCUUCAUCCGGACCUUCAUUUGGAUCCUCUUUUGGAUCUUCAUUCUUGAAACCUUCAACAACUUCAUCAACGGCAACAAUUCCCUCUCCUUCAACUAGGUUUACUAUCACUACAUCUUCAGUUUCAGCAACUUCUACAACUGCUGUGGCUACUAGUACUACACCUUCAUUGUUUAAUUUUAGCAAUAUUGCAGCUUCUACUGCUGCCGCUACUCCUAAUUUUUCCACUUCCAAACCUUCCUUCUCACUUAAUAGUACUCCUACGACGUCCCCUUCAACCGCCCCUUCAUUAUUCGGUACUGUUUCUACUGCUACACCCGCUUCUUCAGCUGCUGCACCAUUGUUCAGUACUACUGCUACACCCGCUUCUUCGGCUACUGCACCAUUGUUCAGCACUACUGCUACCCCGGCUUCUUCGGCUGCUGCACCAUCCUUCAGCACCACUGCUACCCCGGCUUCUUCCGCAGCGUCACUGUUUAGUGCUACUGCUAGUUUUACACCGGGUUCUUCGGCCUCACCAUUGUUCAGUACUACUGCUGCUAGUGCUACACUGGCUUCUUCGGCCUCACCAUUGUUCAGUACUACCACUGCUAGUGCUACACCGGCUUCUUCGGCGUCACCAUUGUUUAGUACUACUACUAGUGUUACACCAUCUUCUUCGGCCUCACCAUUGUUUGGUGCUGCUGCUAGUGCUAGUGCUUCACCGGCUUCUUCUCCCUCACCAUUGUUUGGUGCUUCUGCUAGUGCUAGUACUACACCGGCUUCUUCGGCCUCACCAUUAUUUGGUGCUAGUACUACACAGGCUUCUGCGUCAUCACCAUUGUUUAAUGCAAGUACUACUGCUACACCAGCUGCCUCAUCGGCUUUUACUGGAUUUUCACUUAAUUCGUCUAGUACCACAACACCUGUAGCUUCGACUUCGACUUCAACUGCAGCUACUUCUUUUGGUUUUGGGGCGUCUACUGGUUCUACUACAUCUAGUACAGCUGCUUCAUUUCCAAGCUUUACUCUUCCUAGUACUAAGACUAGUACACCUGCUUUGAGUUCUCAGUCUCAGCCGCAGCUUAGUACUGGCUCUGCCACUACAAUUGCUGCUGCAACUACUGCUGCGUUGACUCCUGCUACUUCUUCUGGAUUUCUGGCUUCAACUUCCGUCUCAGCGGCUAUCACCAGCUCUACAACUCCUGUGCAAACAUCUUCAUCGCUUGCUGUAGCUUCAAGUAGUGGAACUACCUCUGCUGUAAGUACACCAAUAACAUCGGCUCCUGCACCCAAGUUGCCCUCUGAGAUCACUGGAAAGACUGUUGAGGAGAUUAUUAAGGAGUGGAACACUGAAUUGCAAGAUCGCACCAGAAAAUUUCAGAAGCAAGCUAAUUUAAUUGCUGAAUGGGACAAAAGAAUCUUGCAAAAUCGCGAUGUUCUUUUACGACUUGAGACAGAAGUAGCUAAAGUGGUCGAGACCCAAUCCAACUUGGAAAGACAGCUUGAGUUAAUUGAGACUCACGAGCAAGAGGUUGAUAAAGCUUUAGAAAGCAUUGAAGCAGAAGCCGAGCGUAUCUACAAGGAUGAAAGUGGAUUACUUUUGGAUGAUGAGGCUGCGUCCACCAGAGAUGCAAUGUACGAGCAGGCUGAGUCUGUUGAAAGGGAAUUAGAACACAUGACAGAACAGAUUAAAUCAAUUAUUCAGACCUUGAAUGCGAGUCAAGGAGGAGAACUUGAUACAACUGAAGGAAUGAGCCCAUUGGAUGUGGUUGUGCGUAUUUUGAAUAAUCAAUUAAGCUCUCUGAUGUGGAUUGAUGAAAAGGCGGAAGAGUUUUCACAUCGUAUCCAAAAUCUGGCAAGUCAAGGUUCAGUGGCUGAUCGUGAGCUAGUGGCCCCAAGAUUUUGGAAUUGAUUGACUUAAUCUCUCUUCUCUCUCAAGGUUCUUUCCCCGGGCUUUUUACUUUUCAGGGAUUUCCUCAGAAUAGCUAGUCAACUCAGGGCAGAUGCAAAAUAGUAGAUCCGUCUUCUCAACUUGGAAAUUCCAUUUUGAUUUAAUUGCAAAAGCGCUGGAUAUUUUUAACCUCUAUAUAUUUGGCCUGAAUUUGAUAUAAGGAUUCAUUUCCUUUUGUUCGUCUAAUGUCUACUAUCUACUGUCUGCUUCCUUAAAUGUAAGUUGUACUUUAUUCAUAGAAAUUAUAAGAUAUGGAUGCCAAUUGAAACAAAAA